AUGGCCGUGCUCGGGUUUUUGAUGCCACCGGAAACUGGUGAAAAAAUCAACAUGAUAAUCACAACCCUUCUCAGUAUGGGUGUCUACCUGCAAUCGAUUACGGAAGUCGAUUCCACCCACAUCAGAAGCCGGAUGUACUACGUGUCGUCCUUGUUUAUGGUAUGUCUAGCCACAUGUGUGAAUGUCAUCACACUCAAUAUGCAUCGAAAUGGAGCUGCUAAUCAGGGAAGGCAUGUGCCAUGUUGGAUGGAAAAAUGGGUUCUCGGCUAUUUGGCUUCACUGAUGCGGAUGUCUAUUCGUGAACCGGAUAGCGUGUCGCUAUUAAAAAUAGCGCAGAGCAAGAAGUCGACGAUAAGGCGGAGUUCAAUUUUGCGGGAUUUGAAGCGGAUCAAAAAUCACGAUCACAGAAGAGGAGGGUUCCAGGAAUUCGUCGAAUGCGCCUGCCUCACUCAGGACAAUCAUGUGAGCAACAUGGAAAUGAUGUCACACAUAAGCAGUAAUGGUGCCAAUGGUGGAGCUCAUUCGUACAAGCAAUUCGAAUCAGAAAGCGCUUUAAACUAUGUGAAGUACACAAUUUCAAUAGCCUUGAAGGCAGCUUCAUAA